AUGCAAGACUUGAUUAAUAUGCUUGGACAGCAGGUUCAGAGGUUGGAGUUGUUCGAAGUGGUGGCAUGGUUCAUAUGGAGUCACAAGAAUAGAUUGAGAUUAAACAAGAAGGGUUUGCCAAGUGAAAAUUUUUUCGAAGCUGCAAAAACUUACCUCUCGAACUAUCAAGCUAAACGUUCGAUGUCCAGAAUGAAGCAACCUAAGGAAAACACAAAAUGGCAACCCCCAAUGGAAGGAAUUUAUAAGACGAACUAUGAUGGGGCUGUUUUUAUCGAGUCAGGGGAAGCGGGGAUUGGAGUUAUUGUAAGAGAUGCAAGGGGGGAGGUGAUCACUACCUUAGCUGAAAAAAUAUUAUACCCGGGUUCAGUGGAAGUGUUGGAGGCUUUAGCUGCACGAAGAGCAACAAAAUUUGCUGUGGAGUUGGGAUUAUCUUCCUCAAUACUAGAAGGCGACUCUGAGGUGGUUUACAGGGCGUUGCAAGCUUCAAAUUGGCGUCACUCAUCCAUUGGUGAAAUUCUAAAAGACACAGUGUCUAUGGUAGGUUCACUUAGAACCUUUUCUUUUUCUCACACUAGGCGGCAGGGCAAUAACGCAGCUCAUGCUUUGGCCAAGAGAGCAAUUGUUUCUUUUCCUUUAUUAGUCUGGAUGGAGCAUGUUUCACCAAACGUUAGUCCAUUUGUAAUUUCUAAUUUGUCAUUUGAUGAAUAA